AAAAAGUUGCGAUUUUUUGACCAUAGACAACGGAGGCACGGAACACAGACGGGUUUUGACGGAGUAAGAUGCACUCAGAGCUUUGGUUACCGUCUGUGAGCGGGUGUAGUUUCGAUAUAUAAACACAGGCGAGAUGGCUCAGAUUUCCGCGACGGAACAGCCCCACAUGAAACAAAUCGAUCUGAAGCAAUUGAACAUCCCGCAGUUGUCGCAGCUCAAGCAGCAACUCGACCAGGAGUUGAACUUGUUCCAAGAGUCUCUGGCGUCCUUGAAGGUGGCGCAAACGAAAUUCCAAACUUCGAGCGAAACGUUACAAAAUUUCUCGCCAGAUUCGGAAGGAAGUGAAAUUUUAGUGCCGUUGACGGGCUCGAUGUAUGUUCCAGGGAAGUUAGUCGAUACGAACAAUGUUAUUAUCGACAUUGGUACCAGGUAUUAUGUGGAAAAGGACAUACCCGCCGCGAAAGACUAUUUCCAACGGAAAAUAGAGUUCGUGACAGAGCAAAUGGAGAAAAUUCAAUAUUUGGGAUUGGAAAAGAGCAAGAUUCGAGACGCCAUUGUCGAAAUCGUCGAAAUGAAAUUGGCGCAGCAGCAGCAGAGCUGAAGUGUAAUGACGUCCGGCUUUUGCUUUUUCAUCACCGCUUGGAUUGUUCACACACCCGUUAUCGCCCGUCAUUGUAAAUAGAGCGACCCGAGGUUCAUUCACAGUGCUAGUUUUUAUUGUAACGCAUCUUUUUCGAUUUCCUGAAUAAACCAUUUUACAGAUUA